AUGCGGGGAAGGAGUCGCUUAGGGGGACGCAUCCUUCUCUUGCCUCGCUUUGUCGGGAAUUUCGCCGUCCAGUCAUGGAUUCUGCGGUCUAGCUUGCUUGAAAUGCCUAUCUAUACUGUGCCUAAAAGAUGUUAUACUGAUAUUCUUGGUGCUUCAUCACAAAAGUUACCCUCAGAAAAUGGCAUUCCUAAAAGCAACAAGUUUGGGCCUCAGGUUACGUCACGAGCAUCAGAAAAGGGCAGAGGCACUCCACCACCACAGUCCCUGAACAAAACUGAAGGGAUAAAUAGAACAUAUGUGAUUUCUGCCUGUAAGAAAGUGGGUGAUGCUUCAGUGGUAAACGAAGGCAAGAAGCUGAGCCUCCAGAGAAGAACAGUGACAAGCAAAGAACACUUAGACCAUCAUGCCACACAGGACAGUGAAACUACAGAAACCCAGAGACGGCUAACAUUACAGCGGCGCCUGAGGACUGGAUCAAAUGAGAAGUGUAAAAUAAAUAACACGCAUGAAGGGAGGACAGAAAAUGAAGAAUCUCUAGCACAAAAGAGCAAUGAAACUUUAUUUCCACCAAAAUGUAACUGCCAGGACACUCCAUUUGUUAAAAAUGGUCUUGAGUCACUCAAAGGCUGCACAGAUAUAAAGAGAAAUUCAGAACUGAAAAAUGAUUUCCUUUUAAAUCAUAAUGGUUCCAAUGGUACUGGUAAUUAUGCUCCUUUGAAACAUAGUGCAGUUGGUGCCAAGUCACAAAAUGAAGUUGUUAGUUCAGUGCUCUUAACAGCUGCAAAACUUGAAAACAGGACAUUAAAACUGGCUGAAAAAGUGAAUUUCAGUAAGCAAAACGAGAUUGGCAGUGAACACAAGAGAUCUGUCAAAAAUGAAAAUUUGGAAAGACAAAAGACACCAAGGAAAGUGAUAGCAGAAGGAAUUAAAUUUACAGCAAAAUGUGGACCUUUUCAGGAUGCCAAAAGUCCUGCUAUUUCCACCAUAAGGAACAAGACAACAGGUUUACCAGUAAUCUCUCAGAAGAAAGCCAGUAUUUCUAAUCCUCUCUCUCUAAGUCAUAAAAAUGGAAGGGGACGAGAAAACAGCACGGACACUCAAAUUGCUUUGCUGAAAGAAGAUGCUCCGGUUCCGAACAUGUGCCCCAAAGAUGACCCUUUCAAAAUAGAAAACAGUAAAGUGACUGUGGCAGUGAGAGUACGUCCCUUCAGCACCAGAGACAAAACAGAAGAAACAUUGCAGGUGGUAUCUAUGGCUGGACAAGAGACUGUUGUUCACCACCCAGAUACAAAACAAGUGUACAGUUUCAUUUUUGACUUUUCAUUCUGGUCUUUUGAUAAGCAUCAUGAUAACUUUGCAAACCAAGAGAUGAUCUAUCAGUCAGUGGCUGUACCUCUCCUGAAAAGAGCCUUUGAAGGAUAUAACACCUGCCUCUUUGCAUAUGGACAGACUGGCUCUGGGAAGUCCUACACCAUGAUGGGAUUUGAUGAUGCUGAACGAGGAAUAAUACCAAGAUUUUGUGAAGAUCUCUUUACUCAGAUAGCAGAUACGGAAUCGCAGCAGACUUACCACCUUGAGAUGAGCUAUUUUGAAGUCUACAAUGAAAAAAUUCAUGAUUUACUUGUCUUCAGAAAUGAAAAUGGACAGAGGAAACAGCCUCUUCGUGUAAGAGAACAUCCAAUCUUUGGACCCUAUGUGGAAGAUCUGACAGUGAAUGUGGUCAGUUCUUAUGCAGAUAUCCAGAGCUGGCUCCAGCUAGGAAAUAAACAGAGAGCUACCGCUGCCACUGGCAUGAAUGACAAGAGUUCUAGGUCACAUUCUGUUUUCACCCUUGUAAUGACGCAAACAAAGACCGAUAUUGUGGGGAAGGAGGAAUGCGAACAUAGAAUUAUCAGCCGUGUGAAUCUAAUAGAUUUGGCAGGCAGUGAACGCUGCUCAGCAUCUCAAACCAGUGGGGACAGACUGAAGGAAGGUGUGAGUAUUAACAAAUCCCUGUUGACUUUGGGGAAAGUUAUUUCUGCACUGUCUGAGCAAUGUCAGAGCAGGAAGAAAGUGUUCAUUCCCUACCGUGAGUCUGUCCUUACAUGGUUAUUGAAGGAGAGCCUUGGUGGAAAUUCCAAAACGGCUAUGAUUGCCACAGUAAGCCCUGCUGCCAGUAACGUGGAGGAAACUCUGAGUACCCUUCGAUACGCUAAGCAAGCUUGUUUCAUAAUCAACAUUGCCAAAGUAAAUGAGGACAUGAAUGCUAAGUUAAUCCAAGAAUUAAAAGCUGAAAUUGAGAAACUGAAACUGGCUCAGAAGAAUGUUCAGAACGUUGACCCUGAGAAACACAGACUUUAUGUGCAAGAAAUAACCUCCCUGAGGAUGAAGCUGCACCAUCAAGAGAGGGAGAUGGCUGAGAUGCAGAGGGCUUGGAAAGAAAAACUUGAACAAGCAGAAAAAAAGAAAUUUGAAGAAACAAUGGCGUUACAGAAAGCAGGCAUUACAUUCAAGGUGGACAACAGUCUGCCUAACUUUGUCAACCUGAACGAAGACCCCCAGCUCUCGGAGGUGUUGUUGUAUAUGAUAAAGGAAGGCCAAACUACAGUUGGAAAAUGCAAGCCAAACUCAGAUCAUGACAUUCAGCUGUCGGGAGUCUUGAUUGCUGAUGACCACUGCAUUAUCAAACACGAGGAAGGUGCUGUGAGCAUUACCCCACUGGGAGAAGCAAAGACAUACGUUAAUGGAAAAUGCAUUUCAGGCCCUACGUUUCUGCAUCAUGGUGACCGCCUCAUUCUUGGGGGAAACCACUAUUUUCGCUUUAAUCAUCCAGUAGAAGUUCAGAAAGUUAAAAAUGUUUCUCGUGGGGCUUCCCUGACUGACGAUAGCCCGAAAGGCUUUGAAUUUGCCAAGAAUGAAUUGUUGGCUGCACAGAGGGCUCAGCUGGAAUCAGAAAUUGAAGAAGCACGGCUGCGAGCAAAGGAAGAAAUGAUGCAAGGAAUCCAAAUUGCUAAAGAAAUGGCUCAACAAGAACUGACUUCUCAGCAAAUAAUUUAUGAAAGCCAGAUAAAAUCAUUGGAGGUCCAGCUGGAAAAAGAAUCCCGCAGAAAACAACUGCAGGAAAUGAACAAUCAAAUGGCCGCAAACAAAAUCCAAGAGUUGGAGAAAGCAAAGCGCGGCCUCGAACUGGAGGUACACUUCAACAAGAAGCGCUUGGAAAUGGAGACACUGGCGGCCAGAGAGGCACUUGAAGAUCAUACGAUUCGUCAUGCCAAGAUUCUUGAAGCUCUGGAGGCUGAGAAGCAGAAAAUCGCUCAGGAAGUACAAGCUCUUCAGCAAAGUCGUGGAAACAGAAAUAAAGUAGACCCAAACUGGAGUUCUUUGAAACUAUCCAUGAUGAUCAAGGAGGCCAACACUAUUAGUAGUAAAUUAGAGAAACACACUGUUUUUUGUAGACACGAUGAAACAGAUGAAGGCUGUGGUGCCAGCCCUUCUCUUCAAGUGCAGGUCCGUAACAUCAGGCUGGGAGUUGCAACUUUCUGGAGUCUGGAGAAGUUUGAAUACAAGUUGGCUGCAAUGAAAGAAGUCUAUGAGACCAAUAAUAGUAACAAAGCUGAUGAAAUUUUUUAUGAUCCCAUGGAUGAAUGGGAACCUGAUCUUUCGAAUGCAUCCAUGUCUUCCUUUUCUAGAAGGAGAAGUAGAAGUUUGAGGAAAAGCAAACGAAUUUCUGGAUGUUUGUCAGAGAUAAAGCUGAGUCUACACAAUCCAUAUUUACCAGGCACAAGGAGUAAAUCAGGCAGCCCAAGUCUGGAUCCCCUGGAAUCGUUUCUUCCUGGUAUUUGUCAGGAGGCGAUAAGCUCUGCGCUGGAUGUUUUGGGGCAGACUCACGAAGAGGAAGAGAGCCUGGCGCAAAGCCUUUUAGCAACAUCGUUCACCAUUUAUUCUGGAGUCACUGCCGUGAUGCGUGCCUAUGAGCAAGCUGAAGAAUGUCAAGAGAACUUUUUCGCUGUGGACCAGGCUGCUCAGUCCUGGAGCGUCAGACUUGCUUCUGCCUUUGAACAGCUUGUGGUUCUGAGCAGGCUGUGGUUGAGUGGUUUCCAGAAAAGCAAGGAAUUUAUACACGCUUAUGAUGGACUAAGAGAAGGUGUAAAACAUUUGGGAGGAUAUUUGCAAUUGCUGUUGCAGGGUGGGUGUUCAGAUUUGUCUUCGAUAGUCACAGAUGCACAGAAGAAAAUAAUGAAGACACUGAAAGAAAUGGUAAAAAGCAUAGGACACUUGGCAGUACUUACAGGGUCGGACCUGUAUUUUCCAGUAGGAAAUAAAGAUGAUGCAAGCAAUCCAAAGGAAGAACUGAUACCUGACCUCUAUGAUGGUCUAAGCACAGGACUGGAACAUCUUUUAGACGGCCUACAGAAAACAUCUAGGCACAUGCAGGAUGAACUCUUCAAAUGGUACCCACAAAAUGAGGUCCAAAAUCAGCUAAAGAAUAAAGCUAUGGCUUUGGCUAACCUCCUUGAAAAGAUCGUGUCUGAUUGUAAAAAGAAAGAAAAACCUCUAUUAAGGAGAGAAGAAUCUGUUGAUCAGGAGGUGAAUAAAGCAACCAGGAAAGCUGCCGAAUUGUUGGAGCUUCAUCAUUGUCUAGAUCAAGCCUACCAGAUGGUUACUUCUUCGUUACAAGGAUCAUACAGAAACAAAAAUCCACUCAGGUAUUUUAUAGAAAAAAUUUGCAUCUUAGCUGGGAAUCUUAAUGCUCUCUGCCAUUCAUCUGCUUCACCUGUUGCUUCGGCUUGUGGUCCUGAUUCUCGUGUAAUCAGUAGUGAACUGGAAUCUGUGGCAAAGUCUCUUGUUAUAAGUUUUGAACUCGAACAUGGUUGGAGCUCGCUGAAACUUCAAGAUGACUGUAUGAGAAAUACCGAAGAGACGCAACUUGGACAAGGUGGAGCUACGACAGAUUGGGAGCAUAAAGGAAUUCCAGAACAAGAAUACAAACUUUGGCUUCUACCCGAGACCACGGGAGAAGCUUCCCCUAGUAGAAUUCAUUGGGUAUGAAAUGUUGCUUGAUAGUGGAAUAAUUCAUAAGGCAAGAAUUGGUGUAUUUUGUAAAGUAUAGACUGGCUGUUUCUGCUGCUUCUGUCCUUUUUUGGGAGGCAAGAAUCUCAGAAGAAUUUUGAGUGUGAAGGGCAAAUUCUCAUGUUCACAGUGGGCACAUGCUCUUUUCCCUAUCUCGUGAACCAGGCACUCCGAAGGCCUGUAUGAAUGGAGGAUUGCCUCACAUAAUCCUUUCCCCCUCAGUAAAGGGACAGGAGGGAAGGAUUUCUGGAACCAACCCAUGUGGUGCAUGAUCAGCUUGGUCACUGCCUUAGAUGUCCAGGGAACGUGCAUGCUUGCUCCUUCCGCAAUGAUGAGUUAUUGCUCAGCCAGCCAGAGUUUCACAGCAACAGUCAAUUCUUUACCACAGUAAAAUCUAGCUUAAAAUUUUAAGGUGCAAUCCAAGGAAGAAAAUUCAGUGUUGAAACUGGAGGUUUAUUCUGUAUUAACAGAAUAGCCUCGUUUUAAAGCCAUGGUGCCACAUCUGAGGAGGAAUAUUAGCCUUACUGGUAGAAUUUCUGGGCUGUUUGGUCUAUGAAUGUUCUACUAGAUACAAUAUUUAUUUGUAACUAAGCAAAAUAUUAUUCAAAGGGUUUUUUUGUUUACAAUGUGUCCUGAGUGCAGUAAAUGUUAUAAACAAGAGCUGAAAGACCACCACUGCCGCUGAAAUUGCAUCUUGUUUGCUACUCAGAAAAGUUUGUUUCUCCCAUGCAUGUUCAAAGGUAAGGCCCUCCAUGCCUUAAGAAAACCACCUUGGAGGAGCCUUUCUGAAUAUCAGAGCUAGUUUUUCCAUAGAAGAAUAAUAGCAGAAGAGGGCUGGGAAGGCUGUGAGUUGCCCUUUGAAUUUUUGUUGAUGUAUGGUAUAAACUGGGUAUAUGGUACAAUAAGUUUAAAAACAGAUUCUUGUCAGCAAAAGACUGGGAAUUCUUGUAGGUGCCCCAAGUUUGAUAUUGAGUAUAUGUUUGCUUUUAUUUUGUAACUUACGUGCAGCACUUAUUUAAAAGGGCAAAAGAGAGAGAAAACACUUUGCUUGAUUAUUUCAAUCAGUAGGAUUGGUUUCCGUAGAGGAUUUUUACAGAUGGAAGGGAUUUUGUUCCAUGGAGCAGGACUUUCCUGUCUCCUUGUUCUCUCUGCGACCCAAAAUGCCCCUACCGACUGCUGCUCCAGGAGGAAAGCCCUCCCCAGAAUAGCUUGGAGGGAGGAGUUGGAGAUCUGCUGUGGGAAGGGGAGCUGGCAAAUUUUUUCUCCCUUUCCACCUACAGUAUUUCACUACAAUCCUAUUUUUGCCAAUGUGGCUGUUGGUAGAGUUAAAAUAACAUUUUUUAUAUCAUUUAACAGUGCCCUGCACAAUACCAACAGGAUAAAUUCAUCAUGAAAAGACUAAACGUUAUCCUUACAUACUACUACAGUUAGUGGGAAUAAUUUUGAGGAUUCUUGAAAAGUGUUAAAAUGAAAUCACAGCGUUGCCCCUCAUACUUUGCCAGAUUUGACCUAACAUGAAAAUGUAAAUUUUGUAAUCAUGUAUUAUGUAUGCAUGUAUAUGUUCCUGCACACAGAUAUAUGUAAAAAUGUCUAUAAAUUAUAGAAUAAAGCUGUAAAAUGAACAUGAAUUGCCAGAGUAUAAGGAAGAUAUAAA